AUGCGUGUGCAGACAGCCCAGACUGUUCAAGAUGCUGAAGAGCGGAAAGAGUUCGCAGAAUUGCUGCUCCUCAUCGGCGAGUUAUUGGACUUGUGCGGAGGACGCUUCGGUCUGAAGACGGUUUCGCAGCUAGCGCUGCAACUGCUCGCCAGGCCGGAAACGUUCCAUGAGCUGGGGUACGUUCACUGCGACAUGAAGCCGGACAAUGUCCUGCUCGGUCGCGGAACGACCCGCAAGACGCUCCACUUGAUCGACUUCGAUCUUGCCGAGCCGUAUCGGCACCCACGCACGGGGGAACACAUAGCGCAGGAUGCGUUUUUCCCGUUCGCCGGAAUGAUCGAAUUUGCACCAGUGUUCGCUCAUCUGCUGUAUACACAGUGUUUGCGCCUAUGA